GCAGAUAGACAGCAGCAGGCAGUGAGUCGGGCCUAAGAAGUGGCUGCUAACUCAGCAGAGCACCGAGAGCUCAGGCUAGAUUACAGACAGAAUAGUCAAAGUGAGAGGCAGGGCUGACGGGCUACUGAGCACUUGUCUCUCUCAAUCGCCACUGGGAGAGGAGUUGACACAGCUGGGGCAAGUUGCUAUAGCAGUGUGGACUACACAGUAGGAGUCUAUUUUGGUCCUGCCGUCAGAUGACGAUGUCACCUUGCACAAGUGGCAGGGCUGGUGAAGGGGAACAGGUUGCCUGAAGUGGGCUGCAAAAGUAUGUCAGGGGUGGAUAAGGACGAGGAACCUGCUUACAGACUGUACUUCUAUUCUGCCUCUUUUCAGCGCUCCAACAGCCAUGACAAGGUGAGGAAGAUAGUUGCUGAAGAGGGCCGUGCUGCUCGAAACCUCAUUGCCUGGAGUGUACCUUUAGAGAACAAGGAGGAGGAAGUAAAGGCCAAAAGCAACUGCAGUGUCAGUUCCCGGGCCCAGAGGAUCAAUUCUGGUCCACAAAGGAAUAAGAAACAGAAUGCUGCUGUGGAAAGUAAAGGCCCUGCCGGUGCCUUGUUGGACAAAGGGGCAGAGAAGAGCCCCACCAAAGCCAGACUGCCCCGCAAGGUCGACCUGCGAGCACGCUACUGGGCUUUCCUCUUCGACAACCUGCGUCGAGCUGUGGAUGAGAUUUAUGUCACCUGUGAAUCUGAUCAGAGCGUUGUAGAAUGCAGGGAGGUGUUGAUGAUGUUGGACAACUACGUACGAGAUUUCAAGGCUCUCAUAGACUGGAUCCAGCUUCAGGAGAAACUGGAGAAAACAGAUGCCCAGAACAGGCCCACGUCGUUAGCCUGGGAGGUACGUAAGAUGUCUCCAGGACGUCACGUGAUGCCAAGCCCGUCAGCGGACAGAAUGGUUCCUUCUCCAGGGGCACGUCGCAACCUCAACUUUGGUGGUCCACCAGCUACACUGGCUGCAUCCCGGCUGUCUCACACAGGCCCAAGCUGGGCAGACCGAGUAAAGUGCACUCAGUCCGUCCCAACCUCCAGUCAACAGACCACGUCCUCGGUAGAAAAACUGGGUAAAAAGGAUGCUGAGGGCUGGGAGACCGUCCAGCGCGGACGUACUGCCAAACCUCGCUCUGCCGCAAUAGUUGCCAAGGUCAGUCCUGUCUUGGCUCAUGUCACCCCAAAACAGGAGAGCGUUAAGUGCAACCAGUCACAUCUGCCGCCUCAGCAGGAAGAGCAACAACUCCGUCCUCAGUGUCCCCCAGAAAAGGAUGCGAUCAAGGCGGACACUGAGAAGCAAGUCCCUGACGAGCCUGACCCCCCGGAGAAGGUUGAACGUCCAGAGAAUGGACACAUGAUGGAGCCCCCAGCAGAGAGUAUACAAGACUCGGGGCAGUGUGUCGACGCACCCUGUGAAGACGCGCCUCCCCCCAUAGCAGCUCUUACCCCAUCCCAAGCCCCAGAGCCCACCUUGUCCUUGGCCACAGUUCCACCAACAGACAUUACCUUAUCAGUCCCAGUCCCCGUCCCCACUCUGGCCCUCUCCGCAUCCCCAGACCUUCCCCAGACGGAUGAGCUUGGUGCACUGUUGGCCUUGGGGGACAGUGGGGCUGAGGGGGGCGCGUCGCAGGGCAUGGCCACAUCUGCUCCAGGACAGGCUGAGACUCCCAUGGCAGCGGUGAAACUGGAGAGUGUGCUGGACCCCACAGAGCUUUCUACUCCCCAGUCCAUGGCAGAGGUCCUUGCCAAGAAAGAGGAGCUUGCAGAACGACUGGAGAAGGCCAACGAGGAGGCGAUUGCCAGUGCCAUCGCUGAGGAAGAGCAGCUGACCAGAGAGAUUCAGGCUGAAAAUAACGACCUGGAGACUGACAACGAAAGUGACUUCUCUACUAGCAUUGGCAACGGCGGUUGUGGAGUCAAUAUCGAUUGGAGUGACGUGCUGGCAGAUUAUGAUGCUCGUGAGCCAUGGCGUACCUCAUGGGGGGACAUGGUAGAGGAGGAACCUGCUCGGCCUCCUGGACAUGGAAUCCAUAUGCACGAGAAAUUGUCCUCUCCGUCCCGCAAAAGAACCAUUGCAGAGUCAAAGAAGAAACAUGAGGAGAAACAGCUGAAGGCGCAGCAGCUGAGGGACAAACUCCGUGAGGAAAAGACACUCAAACUGCAGAAGCUGUUGGAGAGGGAGAAGGAGGUGAGGAAAUGGAAGGAGGGGUUGUUGGAGCAGCGUCGGAAGAUGAUGGAGGAAAGGCUAUUACAUGCAGAGUUUAAGCGAGAGCUGCAGCUCCAAGCGAUCGUGAAGAAAGCCCAAGAAGAAGAGGCCAAGGUGAAUGAAAUCGCAUUUAUCAACACUCUGGAAGCCCAAAACAAGAGACAUGAUGCCCUGGCCAAGUUAAAUGAGUAUGAGCAACGCCUUAACGAGCUGCAGGAGGAUAGACAGAGGAGACAGGAGGAGAAGCAGGCCAGAGACGAGGCUGUGCAGGAGCGUAAACGGGUACUGGAGGCAGAGCGGCAGGCACGGGUGGAGGAGCUGCUGAUGCGGAGGAAAGAGCAAGAGGCUCGUAUUGAACAGCAGAGGCACGAAAAAGAGAAAGCUAGAGAAGAUGCAGCACGAGAAAGGGCCAGAGACCGAGAGGAGCGUCUAGCUGCUCUUAGUGCUGCUCAACAGGAGGCCAUGGAGGAACUGCAGAAGAAAAUUCAGAUGAAGCAUGAUGAAAGCAGCCGUAGGCAUAUGGAGCAAAUUGAGCAGAGGAAGGAGAAGGCGGCUGAGCUCAGUAGUGGUCGACAUGCUAACACGGACUACGCCCCCAAACUGACACCAUACGAGCGCAAGAAACAGUGCUCCCUGUGCAGCGUUGUGAUCACCUCAGAGGUGCACCUGUUCAGCCACACCAAGGGCAAGAGGCACCAACAGGCCGUGCGAGACAGCAGCAGCAUCCAGGGACGGGAGCUCUCUGAUGAGGAAGUGGAGCAUCUAUCCUUGAAGAAAUACAUUGUGGAUAUUGUGACGGACAGCUCUGUGUCCUCUGAGAGCAUGAAGGAUGGAGAAGAGCGGCAGAAGGCACGGAAGAAGGCAAAGAAGCUCCGCGCCAGGAUGAACUCCAGGGCAAAGGAAUAUGAGACAUCAAUGGAGGCAAAGACACAGGUCCCUGACUCCCCAUACAAGGCCAAGUUGCAGCGCCUGGUGAAGGACCUGUUGAAGCAGCUGCAGGGCCAAGACAGCGGCCAGUGGGCCAACAACAAAGUGUCUGGUCUGGACAGAACUCUGGGAGAGAUCUCUCGCAUCUUGGAGAAACAGAACAAUGCAGACCAAGUGGCCUUCCAAGUGGGCGGCGGCCUGUCGGCUCUGGAGCAAAUACUGCAGGUCGUCACUGCUGCUUCCACACCCACUGCAGUUCCUCGUAUUCCUCUCAAAUCCCUCUGUGCUGCUGUAAAUACCUACUACCUGGCAUGUUAUUGCUGCCCCCUCAACUGCUCCUAUGUGCUGUUUAGCAACAAGAUAGCGCUCCUCAUGGACCUGCUGCUGCAUCAGCUAACACUGUAUGUCCCAGAUGAGGACAAAUCCAUUUUUGGGCGCAGUGUGAACAAACAAGUCUUCGAAGGUUUGACAACAGGCCUGCUGCAGACCAUUGCUACCAUCCUUGGGUCCCUGUGGCCACAUAUCUCUGAGUCUGGGCAAGGCGAAAAGACAUGGAUUUCCUCCCCAGAUACCAAGGUCAAGGGCUCUGCCACAGAGUCCUUCAACACUCGCACACAAGACCUAAUCAGCUAUGUAGUAAACAUGGGUUUGAUUGACAAGCUGUACGGGUGCUUCUUGUCAGUCCAAGGUCCUGUAGACGAGCACCCCAAGAUGUCUGCUUUCCUCCAGCAAGCCUCAGCUCUGCUGCACAGCAUGUGCAAGCUGUGUUUUGUCGUUACAGGACGUGCUCCCAGUAUAUUUGACAAUAAACGCCAGGACCCGACUGGAUUGACGGCCCUACUGCAGUCCACAGACCUGGUGGGAGUGGUGCACACUCUGUAUUGUAUCCUGCUGCACAGUUUUGCACCAGAGUCUGCUUCCCAGAGUCAGGAACCUUACGGCCCUGGGGUCAUCCAGGUGGCUUUGCAAGGCAUCCGCUUCCUCAACAGUUUUGCCCUGCUUGACCUAUCCGCCUUCCAGACUGUUCUAGGAGCUGAGGGCCUGUCUCUAGCUUUCCGACACAUUGUCAGCUCCCUGCUCUGGUACUGUACCCAGCAUUCCUCUGAAGAGCUGCUGCACAAGGUCAUCAUCUGUGUGGGAUACUUUACCGUUAACCACCCAGACAACCAGGUGAUAGUGCAGUCUGGCCGCCAGCCCAGCGUGCUGCAGAAACUGUGUCAGCUGCCCUUCCAGUAUUUCAGCCACCCGCGCCUCAUCAGAGUGCUCUUCCCCUCCCUCAUCUCGGCCAGCUACAACAACUCCCAAAACAAGGUCAUCCUGCAGCAGGAGAUGAGCUGUGUACUGCUGGCUACAUUCAUCCAGGACUGUGCCGCAAAUGAGAAAGAUUCAGACAACAAAACAAAGCAAGCAGUUUCCCAGCCACUUGAUUACUGCGAGUUGUCUAACCGCUUUCCGAGAGAUCAGUGGGACUCAGCGCUGCAGUUCUUUCUCAAGAAACAGGAAGAGUGAUGGAGUUGCACAGUGUCCUGAAUGGAUAAGCACAGUAUAAACACUGCAAAAGAGACUGAUAUGUGGAGUUGUUUUUGGAUGUGUUUGUCUUUUUCUUUGUCUUUUUUUUCCUGACUUAAAGUCUGCACAAGAGUUAAUAUGAUCUUCAGACUUUGUCAAAUUUAAAGAUUGUGAAGCCUUAUCCGGUUUUUGUGCAUCUGUUUUGAUUUCUUGGAAAUCUGAUUGAUGUUUAUGAGGAAUUUGCACAAAAUGUCUUGUUUGUACAUUGCAGUUACUUAGAACACAUGCACAACUAUUCCAUUUAAUGUCUAAACAAGCCAUUUGUUUCUCUUUGUGUUUCUGUUGUAGAUAGAAAUGGAUCCAUUUUCAGUGCAGUGACUAAACCUGAAACAUUUACUGAUACUGUAAUAUUGAAUUUGCCAAGCAUUUUCAUUAAUACUGUUUAUGUUAAUUUAUUGUAUUUGUCUCAUUUUUCAAUGUGAAUGAAUGUUUUCUUUGGUCUACAGAAUGCCAGUCAUGAGUUAUAUGACCUGCCUUGAUUGCAAAUAUGUGUUAAGAGUUAUAUUUUUCAAGUUCACGUCAUAUUCUUUUCUUUUCUCUCUGUUAAGAGACACCUACAAAUUAAUAUAAUUUAUUGAGUUAUUUGCCUUUAUCAUAUAAAAUAAAAUACUGACUGUAUUGUUGUUCUUCAGUUUUAUUCUGUAUAACCUGCAAUGUUAAAUUAAUAUCACGAGUGUGACUUAACAAACAACACUUCUACUCUUGUUUGGCUUUGUGUUGCGUCUUCUCUUGUCAGUUAGACUCUCAUGAACUUGGAUAAUAAAGAUGUCCUUGGUCUAUGA